GGCAUCUGGAAUACAUGCAAUCUUGAACGCGAGGCCUUAAGUUUCAUCAUCAAAUCGCUUCCCGUUCAUCCUUAUUUCGUGUAAAAUGGCUAAUAUCCGCCGCCUUGUCAUCUUCGGAGCUACAGGGAACACAGGUCUUUGUUGUACCGAGGCUGCCGUCCAGCUGGGAUACGACACGACCGCAUUCAUCCGCGACCCCGCUAAACUACCGGAACCCUUGGCUUCUCAGGUGACCGUGAAAGUCGGUGACUCUUGAAUGAAAUAUGAGGUUGACGAUGCUGUGCAGGGGCAGGACGCCGUUGUCAUUGUCAUCGGCACGCGGAAUGACCUAAGUCCUACAACGAUGAUGUCAGAGGGAACGAAGAAUGUGCUCAGUGCGAUGGAGAAGUACACGUUAAUCGUGUCUCAGCGUGUCUCUCAUCCUUCAACUUUUGGGAACGCGAAAAGGUUCCCGAGCGAUUCCUCAACAUACUGGAUGACCAUACUCGCAUGCUUGAAGCUCUAAAGGCGAGCAGCCGGGAUGGGUAGCAGUUCUUCCACCACAUAUUACAGAUGAACCGGCAAAGGGAGACUACAUCACAGCACAAGGGAAGGGGCCAGGUCGUACCAUUUCCAAGCAUGACCUAGGACACUUCAUGGUCAACUGUUUGACUGAUAACGACAACCUGUAUAAAAUGAUUGGACUUUGUGACAAGCCACAGGUUUAGUUCCACUGCCAGUCAGUCAGGAAUCCUUUGUUCAGAAAUAAAAC